CGCGCGCCACGGACGGAGCUACUCUCCCUUCGCGCGCAUCCUGCGAGCUGUGCAUCUGACCGCUCGUGCGUCCAGCACAGGAAACCGCUCCGUGCUGUUUUCGUUCGCACCGCUAAAGGACGACAGAAGAGGGAAAAAGUGGACUAGACCAGCGCGCGCGAGACACCGACCUGCCCCCCGACCCACUCACCCUCACCCCUACACCCGCCACCGGGGCUUUAGCGCUCUGUCACGCGCGGACUGGAGCUCGAAUCUCGCCGCCUCGAGCCUCGCUGGAGUUUAACGGACAUCUGUGACGUGUCGGAGGAAACCUCGACCGUUAGCGUUAAACACGGUUCACACUGACCGGACUGAGCCUCAGUCUGCUUCAUCCAGCGCAGCGAAACGAAGACAAACGCGAAGCAGCGCGACCAGACGGGCCGUUUGGACCGGCGCUCGAAGCUCCUCGCCUCGCUGGAGUUUAACGGACAGCUCUGACGCGUCUGAGGGAACCGUUACCGUUAAAGUCGGUUCCAGCCGGCGGGACUGACGCUCAUUUACUUCACCUAACACAACCAACGACACAUUACCGGACCGUUUGGACCGGGGAUUAAUAUUUUUGCCCUCGUUAACGGCGUAACGCAUGGUGGGAAUUUCAGCCUCUCUUCAGUAUCGCACUGAGAAGCGCUCCACCAUGCCCGACUCACCUGCCGAUGUGAAAACACAGUCCAGGUUAACUCCACCCACCAUGCCUCCUCCCCCCAGCACACAAGGAGCUCCCAGAACCAGCUCCUUCACGCCCACCACAUUAACAAAUGGCACCAGUCACUCUCCUACUGCGCUGAACGGAGCUCCUUCUCCACCCAACGCUUUCAGCAACGGCCCUUCGUCCUCGUCCUCCUCCUCUCUGGCCAAUCAGCAGCUCCCACCAGCCUGCGGAGCCCGGCAGCUCAGCAAGCUAAAGCGAUUUCUUACCACACUGCAGCAGUUUGGCAACGACAUCUCACCCGAGAUCGGCGAGCGAGUCCGCACGCUGGUGUUGGGCCUCGUGAACUCCACUUUAACCAUAGAGGAAUUCCACUCCAAGCUGCAAGAAGCGACAAACUUCCCGCUCCGACCUUUUGUCAUCCCAUUUCUGAAGGCCAACCUGCCGCUACUGCAGAGGGAGCUGCUGCACUGCGCUCGGCUGGCCAAGCAGAACCCGGCGCAGUAUCUGGCCCAGCACGAGCAGCUGCUGCUGGACACCAGCAUCGUAUCUCCCGUCGACUCCUCCGAGCUGCUGCUGGACGUCAAUGAGAAUGGAAAGAGGAGGACGCCAGACAGAACCAAAGAGAACGGCUUUGAGAGGGAGCCACCACAUCCGGAGCACCCAAGCAAGCGGCCCUGCACCAUCAGCCCGGGGCAGCGUUUCAGCCCCUCCAACGGGCUCUCCUACCAGCCCAACGGCCUGCCUCACCCCACACCGCCCCCGCCACAGCACUACCGCCUGGAUGACAUGGCCAUCGCCCACCACUACAGAGACACCUACCGCCACCCCAACCACCGGGAGCUCCGCGAACGCCCACGGCCGCUCGGAAUGCAUGGAGGCUCACGUCAGGAGGAGGUCAUUGAUCACAGGCUUACAGACAGAGAAUGGGCCGAGGAGUGGAAGCACCUUGACCAUGUAAGAAAACUGCUAAACUGCAUCAUGGACAUGGUGGAGAAGACGCGGCGUUCUCUGACCGUGCUGAGGCGGUGUCAGGAGGCUGACCGCGAGGAACUCAACUACUGGAUCCGCCGCUACAGCGACGCUGAGGACCUGAAGAAGAGCUCCAGCAGCAGCAGCAGCCAGUCCAGACAGCAGAGCCCUGCCAGCCAGGACAGCAACCCCACAGAGAUCCACCGGGAGCUGCUCCACAGGCCAGUAUCCGGCUACGUUCCUGAAGAGAUCUGGAAGAAAGCAGAAGAGGCUGUGAAUGAGGUGAAGAGGCAGGCCAUGUCCGAGCUGCAGAAGGCCGUAGCUGAAGCUGAACGCAAAGCUCACGAGAUGAUCAGCACCGAACGUGCAAAGAUGGAGCGCACUGUGGCUGAAGCUAAGAGACAAGCGGCUGAGGAUGCGCUGUCCGUCAUCAACCAACAGGAGGACUCAAGUGAGAGCUGCUGGAACUGCGGGCGCAAAGCGAGCGAAACCUGCAGCGGCUGUAACACGGCCCGCUACUGCGGCUCCUUCUGCCAGCACAAGGACUGGGAGAAGCACCACCACGUGUGUGGCCAGACCUUGCAGGCCCAGCAACAGGGAGACACCCCUGCUACCGUCAGCUCCUCAGCCACUCCCAGCAGCAGCGCAGGCAGCCCUGCAGACACUCCUUCUGCUGCCACGCCCCGCUCAGCCACACCCGGCACCCCUUCCACCAUAGAGCCCACGCCGCGCUAGAGCCAGAGGCGACCUCACCUACCUUCACAGCCCUCUGGGACUGCCCUCUCUCUGCCUCGCUUGCUCAAAGAUGGUAAAGAUAACAUGCUAACAAAGAAAAGAGAUGAUCACCCAGCGGAGGUCCAUAUCGGGUCAUAUUGACUUGCCAUGAUAGAGAACGCAAAGAUAUUCUUUGUUUUAAAAAAUUCUCAGUGUCCUUUAUUGUUACUAUAGCUACUAUUGAUUAUUGUCGUUAAUGUUAACCGUUGUCGUCGUUGCUCUCUUAUGUUCUUGUAAAUAAGACGAGAAAAAGAAACUGAGUAGACAGCUGAGACCUCUGGAUGAGCACAUUUGACCUCCCCUUUUUUUUUAAAUUUUGUUUGUUUGUUUUCUGUUUUCAAUGCUCCUUCCCCUCUCCAGUAGCUGGGAUAUGAAACUAGUUGACCUCAUUGAAAGACACUUUACCAAACAACAAACCAAGGGAUUACUUCACAGCUGUUGUAAACAAAGACACAAAGAUGUGAUAGAAAAAAAGACAGCAUUCCAAGACAAAAACAAUGAAAAAAAGAAAAACAUUAGGGCAGGACACCGUGGAGUGGAAGAUGGAUGGCAUCUCUGGGUUACUUACUGAACUCUGCAGACCCUCAGCACAGUGUGCAGAUGUGCAGCAGAUUGUAAAGGAACACAGAUGUUCAUCCCUCGCUUUUCUGAAACUUCUGCGAGACAUUUGAUCGAAUCCAGGUCAGUGGUCUGAGAAAUAAAAGUCUGUUUCGCGGAGGAAUGUAAAGACACGGAGGACUCAGCAGCCCGUGUGGUUGGCGGAACGUCACACGGCUCCAUGGCGAAGGAUGCACGCGGGGUCUCGAUUCCAGGCGCACUCCAUCAGCCCCCAAACAGGACGUGAAGUGAUCAGCCCACCCGAGCAGGACUGUCAGAUCCUCACUAUGACAGCGGCUUGGAAGGAAGGGCUAAAAAAUGACCCACACGUUCAUCGCAGGCAAGUUCCUCCACUCCUGGAGCCACUCCAGACCUCGUCCUUGUCCUGCCCAGCUCCAGCUCUACCAUCAGUCCUCGUUUCGUUUCUGAUUUUUCCCCCUCUUAGCUUUCAUUGUGUUGAACAUUUGUGUCCUGUACUGUCUCCAAUGGUUAUUUAUUGUACGUGUUGGAUAAUUGUGAUGCUUAAAACCACGGUCAUACCUUUUAGGCUCAUCCCUCUAGCUGGUGCAAAAUAACAUUCUAUCUUGAGCUGCUUUCCUAUUUGUGAGUGUUCGUGGUAGUUCCCUAGUAGAUCUUUAAAAAUAAGAAGAAAAAAAGACGCUUCUCCCCCAUUUGUCCUCGAAAAGAAGACAAAAGCUAUCUCUCAGAGCUGCUGCUUCAGUCUAACGCCGAUCUUUUCUGAGAACUAGCAUGUUACAUGGAAUGCUAACAUAAAUGUUUUGUACAUGGGACGUACAUAAAUGUAUUUGCACUGUCACAAAGUUCCUCUCAGCAUGCUUCUUUUUUGGAGUUUCUCGAUAGAGAGCCUUACGUCACAGAUUUUCUCUGUAGUGCUUCUGUGAUUUUUUUUUAUUUUCUGUAAAAAGGAAAACAAAAAAAAAACAGGAAAAUAGUUUCACAACCUGCUUUUGUUAGUAAUGUUUCUUUGUCCUAAACACAAUAGCAGAAAGUCAUAACUUUUGCUUUGAAUAGUUACAGUGCAUGCACAUUACUGAACGUUGUAAUAUAUGUUGGUUUUUGUUUUGUUUUAUAUAAAAAAGAAGAAAAAAUGUACAUUACACUAAGAAACUAACUUUCCAAAUGCAGAGGUGUAAAACAGACAGCUUUAACACUGCAAAGCACCAGGUUACACAGUAUUACAAAAGAAUUAACAUGGAAGACAGCCAAAGACAGACAUGAAGGACCAAAACCUGAUUUUAUCCAAUAUUUAAACAUAGAAAAAAGAGAUUCACUCAAAUGCACCGUGACUUAUUCUUUGUUUUAUCCGAGUGUUCAUCAGGGGAAACCACCUUUCCAUUUGAAAACCUUUAACAUUCUCCUGUCCAGAGCCAAGACCAGCCCUGCUCAGCUCGUACGGAGACAAAGCCACUGAAGCCGGCGUAGCUAUGGCUGAAGGUUUAGAAGAUAGUGGUCUGACCUAAUGAGCAAUAAUAGAGAAGGUGGCACAAACCCCCACCCUAAUGAGGUUCUCCUUCAGCUAUUUUUUUUUUGGCUUCAUCAGCUUUAACUGGUUGGAGUAUCACCCCAGAAGGGUACGUGGCCGUGGCAAUGGGGGGAUUUGGAAGUCCAACUAAAGCAGCACACAUUCAUAAAGAACAUAUCCAAACAUUGAAGCGUAUCAGCUCAUGUGAUACAGUAAAGCCAUGUAAUAUAGAAAGAGACCAUUGAAGUUCAAAACUGUUUGCCUGAACCUAAACGAAAGGAACGAAACAAAACAAAACCUCGUCAAUGGCUUAGAAAGAAGAGGGGAGGCUUUAUGAGCACUUAUCCCUCGGCACUGGGAGCGCUCUCCCCGAAAACCAUGGUGCUAAACGUCUUGGAGAAAGGCUGGAUCUGAGCUGUCUCUGGGCUUUCUCUCUCUCUCUCUCUCUCCCUCUCUCUCUCUCGCUCCCUCCCUUAGGUCUAUCUCCCUUUCUCCUUCACUGUCUUUUUCUCUUUCUCUCUAGACUUGCUGAGGUGAAACGACCCAAAAAACAAAACUAGCGAAGGUGUCUGACACCCAUUCGCAUCACAGAAGCUGUGAGGCAGCCAAGCUGUCUACAAACACUCUAAUGUAUUGUAUUUGAAAAGUAUAUACAAUUAGUGUGGUCAGCAUAUUCAGGGCAAGCUGGGUAAAACAAACGAUAAGUACUGCGGGAGAUAAAAACAACAAACAACAAAAAAACCCUAGAAAGCUCUUUCUCUUCCUUCCCUCUCUCCAGUAUGUCUGUUUUGCUACGACCUUUUUUUCUUCUGUGGCAAAAAGUCUCACUCUACCUCUGACAGCAUGUUUAGAGCACCAGUCGCUGAGCAGAAACUGGUCUAGUCAAACCAAAUGGGCACGCGAGAACAGGACUAAAAUCCAAAGUUAAAAGCUCAUACAGCUGCAAAACCAUAUCACUACUUGGUAACAAUGCAGACCUCAUAAAGAGAAAAAAAACUAAUGAAUAGAAUAAAUAUGCUGAAAAAGAAAAAAAAAACUUUUUUACGUUCCUUUAUGCUUGUCACACAUACAGAUCGCGCUGAGUUUGAUUUGUAAGUAAGAAAUCAAAGUGAGAAAAAAAAACGAUUUCAGAGUUUUGACUCCAUUUGAUAUACAGUAUAAUUCAAGAAGUGGUCGAGUGAGAUACGUGAUAUAUUCCUUUAUCCCCCUCCCUCCCCCCGUCCCCUCCCCCCCCUUAUUUCUUUUUUCCUCUGUUGUAAGAAACGCUAGGCUGCUUGUCAGUGUCGUUUAGGUUCAUGUUCUAGAGUCAUACUAAACAUGAGGUGUGUUUGGGAAAAAAAAGAAGAAGAAGGCUGGUCAUUUUUGCGCAUGCCUGUUUUGCCAAUAUGUAAGGGGGGGAGGGGAUGUACAUGCAUUUUGCAAUUUGUAAAGUGAUUUAAAUAUUUGGCUGACGGACGGGCCAGAGGAAACAGAGCGAAUUGAUUAGCCGGGUGGGCACAGGGAGGGGUGGGCGUGAGGGCGCUAAGAAAUUUUUAUUGUGAAAAAAAAGGAAAAAAAAAAAUAAAAAAAAAUAAAUGAAAGUCGUUGUGCAAUACUUAAUUGAAACAUGAACCACAGGUUAAUGGUAGACUGACACUGGGGGUGUGCUCUUUCAUCACUCUUUGUCAGUAUAUUCUUGAGCUUUUGAGUCUACUAUGUCAGAACUGUGGUUUCUUGUUUAUUCCGUUUCUUUUGUUUUUUUUUUUUUCUUUUUUUUCUUUUUUUGGGGGGCUAUAAUCAAUGGUCUGUCAGUCUGUGAAUCUUUGCAGUAUGAUUCUGGUAUUGUUGUACUCUUUACUGUGUAAUAAAUAUGUUAAUACCUGCACUAAA